GUUAUUUCUACUUGAUGCAGGUAGCGGACCGAUCCAAGUGACAGUAGUGUUACGAUACCGUACGGGUAAAGAGACGAGGAUAGAUACACUGUCGGAGUUUCCACACACGUUCCGUGUCAAUGUUCCUGGACUUCAGCAAAAAUGUCUAAUUUGAAAGAAUCUCUUGUGCUGGAACAGUUAUUUCUCUCGGUAUGCCGAAGAGGAGACAAGAAAGAGAUCCUCGCUGCACUAGAAAAACGGAGUCUGUUCGAUGUAAACUGCGUCGACGCUGAUGGGAAAUCGGCAUUGGUGAUAGCGGUGGAGUCCGCUCAAACAGACGUAGUGGAGUUACUUGCCUACCACCCAGCUAUCAAACAUGGCGACGCGUUGCUACGCGCCGUUGACAACCACCUGUUACCGGAAGUUAAAGUACUCUGUGAGAGUUUGAAACACAGAAAUCUGCUGCUCAGUGGACUAUACUGCAGAGCAUCAAAUUCAGACUUCCAUCCUUACGUCACACCCGUCGUCUUAGCAGCGCAUUAUAACAAUUACGAUAUACUGAAACUAUUGACCAUAGAAUACGGCGCUAGGGUACCGAACCCUUCAGAUUUAGCAUCACCGAAAGACGAGUCAACAUUAGAGCAUUCCGUUGGUUCUCUCCAACUAUACAAGGCAUUGACCAGUGAGGUUUACAUGAGUCUCACACAGGAAGAUCCCAUCGAAUACGCUUUUAAACUGUGCCAUAAAAUGAGACAACUUAGUAUGCUCAAUUUCGAAUUUCGAUUCGAGUACGAGGAAUUCGCCGAUAAAUGUGAAACGUAUGCGGCCGACAUUCUUGGGUCUGUGCAAUCGACGGAGGAGCAGACCGUGGUACUGACGCAUCAGUCUGAUUAUUCUGGCAGUGGUAGCAUUAACGGUCACAACAUGACCACGGAUGACGAGCUAGUGGUGCCAUAUAAGGUCAAAAGGGCGAUAGACUAUGACCAAAAGAAAUUUGUUGCGCAUGCUCACUGUCAACAUCGAUUGGUUGAAGUUUGGUAUAAAGGACUCACCAAUUGGAGAAAUCAGGGUAGCAUGAAAUCCCUGAUAUUCUCUCUCAUCAUGAUGUUCUUUUACCCAGUGAUCAGUAUUUGUUAUAUUUUGCACCCCUCCGCUAGACCGGGAAAUCUUCUCAAGAUCCCCUAUGUCAAGUUCUUAUGUAGCGUAGCUUCCAUGCUAACAUUCCUCUUACUGCUGUGCCUUCAGAGUUUCCAGCUACGCUACACGUUAGUGGAACUGUUUUUAAUUGGCUUGAGUGACGAGAAACCAGUGACCACGUCGGCUGAACAGUUUCUAUUUUCCAUUGUGGAGAUUCAAAUAGUGCUUUUCAUAGUAGCCUACACGUGGAAGCACAUCCGUGAGUUACAAGUUGGAGGAUAUCGGGUAUUGAAAUACAAUGCCCAGGGAAAGCUUUAUGACUACUUUAAUUUAACACUAUAUUGGGUAUGGCUUAUGCUUCGUAUUUCACUUGUAAUUCAGAUUUACCUUGGAAAACCAGACACCUCGUCCGUUUUGGGUGAGCGUAAUAAUGACACUACAGUCAGUGAAUUUGACGUUGGGACAUGCCCCACGACAUGGGAGAGCGAAGAUCUAUCCUGUUUGAACAGUAAACUAGACCACGUGAUGCAGCAACAGGAAAACUUAAACACAAACAUCACAGCUGUCAUAAAAGAUCUAGAGGAGAAGUUACAACUUCAAGGAGGAGGAGAUGAUGGUAUUACUGUUGCAAGGAGGCGCAAACGAUCCAACGUCGCUGCUAGGCUCAUGGGAAGCUCGGCCUCAUUGGAUCACUCUCCGUCGUUCGAGCUGACCGAGCUCCAACAAUUCUCUGUGGUCCAGACGGUGAUAUUUGGCGAAGCACUCAUUGCUUUAGCCAAGACGAUGAGUUUUCUCAGCCUCGUUCGCAUAACUGUUGUGCACAUAUUAGUUGGGCCAAUGCAAAUAUCAUUUGGUCGAAUGGGGACAGAUAUCAUUAAGUUUCUGUCGAUUUUUAUAUUAGUACUGAUGGCGUUUUCCGUUGGAAUGCACCAGGUGUACCAUUUUGGUUCGUACAUGUCGAUGGUUCAAAGCUGUCUGGACAGCGGGGAACCAUCAUGCGCAGACCAGAGUGAAUCGGUUACAGGAGUUCUCCAGUCCGUGACCGCUUUGUUUUGGACAUUGUUUGGCUUAUCGGAUAUGUCAUCUUUUCGAAAUUCGGAUGAUGAGCACUGGUUUACUGAUUUAAUGGGAUACAUGCUAUUUGCUCUUUACAACUCUGUAGCUAUUAUAGUCCUCCUUAAUAUACUGAUAGCAAUGAUGAGUAACACCUAUACCCGCAUUGAGGAAGACGCCGAUACACAUUGGAAGUACUCCAGAUCUACUUUGUGGAUAAGCUUUUACGACUCCAGUGCAGCUUUAGCGCCACCGUUUAACAUUUUACCCUCAAUAGAGUCUCUGCGGAAUUGUAAAAGAAAGAGGGCGUUUGCAAAAGCUAAGAAGAAUGGUAUUAAGACAGUUGACAGCAAGGGUGUAACGUAUGCGACACUGAUGAAGGAACUCGGACAUCGAUAUAUCUUCAGCAAAAUUAAGGAGGAUGACGAUAAACCUGAUCCAUUAAUCAUGCAACUCAAACGUGAUCUGUCAGGUCUUCGAAGUGAGACUAAAGAAACACUUUCCGGCAUGGGGAACGUUAUGAAGGAACUGGCCGGAGAAGAAGUAGAAGAAGAGGAGACUGAAAUGGAACGCAUGUUAAAUAGAGCAGAGCAAUACGGACCAAUCGGAAUGCGGUCUUUCAAAGACCCGGCCAAUGUGUGCGAUGCUACUAGUGACUGCCUUCCGUACGUCGACGACAGCGCGCAUAGUACCCCCCGUCGCGUGCAGAAUCACGUGAAUCCGGCUACUAUCGUUUAG